AUGAUCACGCUGCUGUUUCUGGGAUUAUUGCUGCUUGCAGAGGGCGCCAAGAGUGCUCUAUUGAACGUCAGGGGCUGUCCUCGUUCCAAAAAUAUGGACGACGCUCUUCUCUCCCCCUUCUUCACCAAUGUGUCCUACAACGACGAUAACGGACGGUUGGACAUGUACAUCGUCAUGGACUCCAUGGGAUAUAUAGUGGACGUGAACGAAACCACAAACACCUACACAACGCUCCAUGUUCGGCUCAAAUACGUGGGCGACGUGAUACAUGACGAGUACUUGAGACUAUGCAAUUACUCCAGGGUGCUCCGCGCGGACGGAGAUGAGCCUGUUAGCACGACCACCUCGCAACAGUCUUCCUCCUCCACCCACCACAGCUCGCUGAUAAACCAUUCAACGGGCAUUCCACACAUCUCCGAUAUGAUACAGAAAAGAGACGUUCCGAUGGAGAAGUACUUUCCGCAGCUGCUGGACCGUUCGGAGUCGUUCGACGACUCGUGUCCGAUAUAUGACGGAGACGAGGUCGCGGUGGACUUGUCGCUCUACAUCGGUUAUCACUCUCCGUUUGGAACGUAUAGUCUGGCCGUCACGGUCAUCAACUCGGACGCCAACCACACGGUGAUCGGCUGUUCUUUGGCCACAUUCAGUACUGUCCAGAAACGCUCGCUGCAGAACUUUAUGGUGGCGUUCACGGCGCUGUUGUUGUCGCUGAUUCUUCUCUCGAACAUCCUUGGAUACCAGCUUUCGCCGUACAUUGACACGCAAAACCCGUUCUUGUACAAGGCGGCGUCCAUUUGCAACGCGCCGCUGCUCAACCAGCUGUCGCCGAGCUACGCUGAUUAUCUGGUCUACAUUCAGUUUAUUCACUUCAUGGCCGGCCUGAAUCUCGAAUUCCCAGGUUUUUUCCAGCCCCUGAUGGCCUCGCAGCGCUGGGCUGGCGUUAUGGACGUGCUGCACAACCACGCCGCCAUGGGCGUCGACGGGGUGUAUGAGUCGAUGUGGAUGGGCGGACUGAAACGACUGCUGGGUUCCGGCUUCGGCAAAGACGAUCUGCCAGUGAUAUGGUCGUCAUUCCUGAUCACCGCUCUUGUCUACAUCUCCAUUGCCUGCGUUAUCGACCUAGGAAUCUGCUCGCUGGUGCUUCUGCUCAAGCCCAAAGACACCCGCCCCACCUUCGCGCGCUACAUGAGACUCUCGUUUUUGAUUGUCAUCGGAAACAUACUUGCCGCCUUCAUUGGCUACAUCGCCACGCCCUUUCUCAUAUAUUCGUUCUUUGUGCUUUGUGCUCCCCACACGCAUCUCUAUGGACAGCCAGAGAUUCAGAGCAAUCCGCAUUGGGUGACCGCCACCGCCUCGCUUCUUCUGGCCCUCUACUUCUUGCUCCAGAUAUACUACGUGGUACGGUUCAUCCUAAUCAAACGCGGACGCGACAUGCUCUACAAAUCGAUCAACGUGAUUCUGAUCUGGCAAUGGGCCUAUGUGCAUUUGAAAACCUCUGCUCUGUGGUUUGUUGCCGUCACUUUCCUUGAACACUUUGUCUUCAGCUUUGCUGUUGGCGCACUGCAAUUCAGCGGAGUCGUCCAGCUGAUUGUGAUCAUAUGCUCGGAAUUGGUCCUUCUGUGUGUCAUGCUGUUCUGGGAGCCUUACUACCCCAACACGGGAACAAACAGGACCAAGAUUUCGCUGGCCGUUGUCAAGCUUAUAAUCGCGUUUCUGCACAUCGCAUUCAUUGACGGUCUAAAUGGGAGCGAAAAAGCAAGGACCAGAGUUGUAUGGUCAAUUUUGCUCAUCGAGCUUGUGACUCUGGUGUUGGUGUUCUUGAUCCCCACGCUCUACAACUUCUACACCACCUUCAAAAUGUAUAUCAAGUACAGAAAGGGAAAGAAGGGAACCGACAUUCCGGACUACAUCGAGCACGGCAAUCUUAUUGAGGUCCCGUUGCUGCCCGACAACAACAGCUUGGCGUCCUUUGACGAGUCCUUCAACAAUUGGACGUUUGAGACGCCCGCGCUGUUCAGAACCUCAUCAGGAACGCCGUCAGUCAACUCCAAAACUCUGGAGCUCACUGACCACCGUGUGGUACCUGCCGUGACAACGGGCCCGUCUACGAAACAUACGCACAAAUCAGACUUGGCUUUCAGAGAGGCAGAUCUAUAUUAUAACUCGUUUAGAGUCCUUGAACCCGAUCCAGAAGUGAUGAAACUCUGGCAGGAACGAGAAAGAAAGCUGCAUCGCGCUGCGUCGAUGGAGUUCGAGAAGAAAGAAAGCAAAGGAGUCGAGAAAAAAGGCGGCUCCAAGGGCUUUGAGGUCAUGCGGCCACGGCCGCGAAUGAGAAUGCUGGCACAGCGCACAAACACGUCCAGCCGCUCGAGUAUAGUGUCGGAGACAUCGCAGCACCAGGCCGCUAGCGGCCCGAAAAAGGAUUAG